AUGAACCACCUCCUCCGUAAAACUUCCCUCGGUUACACCGCCUUGAGCUCCGUCACAUACCUCCGCCAAUCAUCCGUCGCCUCUCCACCUCCGAUUUUCUCCGCCGCCGCAGCAACCGUCCGUCAAUUCACCUCUGGCGGUUAUCCUUCUAACAGCUUCCAAUUAACUCCGCCGGUGAACUGGGGAGUCCGGAUUGUUCCGGAGAGGAAGGCGUUUGUGAUUGAGCGAUUCGGUAAAUACGCCAAGACCUUGCCGUCUGGGAUUCACUUCCUUAUUCCGUUCGUGGAUCGCAUUGCUUAUGUUCAUUCCCUCAAGGAAGAAGCGAUUCCGAUUCCGAAUCAAACUGCCAUUACCAAAGAUAACGUUAGUAUCCACAUCGAUGGCGUCCUCUACGUUAAGAUAGUGGAUCCCAAAUUGGCUUCUUAUGGUGUUGAAAGUCCUAUCUAUGCUGUUGUACAGCUUGCUCAGACCACUAUGCGUAGUGAGCUUGGUAAGAUUACUCUUGAUAAGACCUUUGAGGAAAGAGAUACGCUCAACGAGAAGAUAGUGGAAGCCAUCAAUGUUGCUGCAAAAGACUGGGGUCUUCAGUGUCUUCGUUAUGAGAUAAGGGAUAUUAUGCCCCCUCAUGGAGUAAGGGCUGCUAUGGAAAUGCAAGCUGAAGCUGAACGUAAAAAGAGAGCCCAGAUUCUUGAGUCUGAAGGAGAAAGGCAAUCCCAUAUCAAUAUCGCUGAUGGUAAGAAAAGUUCUGUAAUAUUGGCUUCGGAAGCAGCAAAGAUGGACCAGGUGAAUCGAGCACAAGGUGAAGCAGAAGCCAUAUUGGCUAGAGCACAAGCAACUGCCAAAGGUCUUGCCUUGUUAUCUCAGUCCCUCAAGGAAACUGGGGGAGUUGAGGCGGCUAGUUUGAGAGUUGCAGAGCAAUACAUUCAUGCCUUUGGUAACAUUGCCAAGGAGGGUACGACAAUGUUGCUUCCAAGCACUGCUUCAAAUCCUGCUAGCAUGAUUGCUCAAGCUUUAACAAUGUAUAAAAGCCUUGUGAACAAUGGUCGAAACAUCGAUCACCAAGAAGCAGCAGCAGUGGAAGCAGACUCGGAAGACAUUGUUGAGAAUCAUAUAUCAGAAGGCUCUGAGAACCGAUCAGGCUCAACAACAUUUGAUACAGACAAAUCAGGUCACACCGGUGGACCACGAUUUUCUCUUCAGAGUCGCACCAAGGAGCCAUAG